UUGCCUCAGAGAUGCAAGACUCAGCCACUUUGUGCGAGUGACUAGGCAUGAAAGCAAGAAAUCGGGCCCUAGGGUUGUUUAUGCGGAGCGCAUUGUCAACUGAGGGUUCAACAUGUUGCUCACGAUGUCCUUGCCUUUGGGCUCAGCGACUUCUCGAGCAUUCUUGGUUUGCAAACUCACUUCGCGCAUUGCGAAGGGCACCUACAUUUGUAACUUAGAGACAUAGCAAUGCCGCGCAUUCACCUGGAGAGUCUUGGAGGUGGCAGUGCCCGGCUGGCAGAGAUGAUGGGCGCGUCCUCAGUGUCGUCGUCCUCGCUGAUGGCCAUGCUGAAGCAAAAAGUGGACAUCAAGCAGACGCUGGGGAUCAGCUCUGAGUUGGCGGAGGCGGUGCAGGCUGCAUACCAGGAGAAGUUGGGGGCUGGCACCGGGGACGAGUGCAGCAUACUCGAUAUUCUUUGCUGCAUGAUGUGCAUCCACUGCUGCCUCGAUGUAUGUUGUAACGAUCGCCGCAGAAGCAGCUGGAUGCAGAAGCAGAUGAGUGAGCCAGGCCAGCAGUCAAUGGAUGCGGAUGCCCCGGAGAAGACAAGCGUGCUGGACAUUUCCAAGUUCAGCUCCGCUGACUUCCAAGAGAUCCUCAGGUCCAAAGAGAUGAGCGCCAAAGAGAGGUUCGGCCUGUGGCUUUUCGGGCACAAGUUCGGCAACACAGAGGAAACCAAGCUGCAACAGUGCCUGCAGAAGAUGAAGCAAGUCUUGCCAGAACUGGCGGAGAAGGAUGGCAUGGAUCUUGAUGAGUUGCGGACCGAAUGGGCCAACAAGACUGACAUGACGACCCGGAUGAAGCUCGUGCGCAGGGUUGCGGCCAUGGCGGUCCUGAACCGCGCGCAGGGUGUUUCACAGUUUGGGCUUGCUGCUGUGAGCCUGGAGGAGUGUGGCCCAGUGCUCUGCGCUGGCGAGCUGCAGUACGAGCUGGAUGCUGAUGGCCUGCACAAGUGCACCUGGCAAUGCCCCGCAGGCCAGACGCCGGACACCUUCCAGAUGGUUGGGCUGGAUAUGGCGGGCGAGAAGAACAUGACCUUGACAGAGGCAGAGGCAGCCGGGAAGCUUGCGCUGGAAGAGGCUGACAUGGACAGCUCACAGUACUCGCACACGAAGUCCUAUCAGAUGUGGAAGAGAUUGAGCUUCGACUUCUACACCGCAUAUGGGGAUGCACCCCUGAAGCUGCUCCAGAUGACAUCGGUGGCUGAGCUUGGGCCGCAGAGUCCGGUGUCCAUGCGCUAUCAUGGCACCUGCCGUGGUGAAAGAAGUUUCCGGGUGGCCGAGCGGGUGGUGUACACCGGCUCCGGUUCGCAGAUCCCGCACGGGGCGAUCGUGAAGAUUGAGCGGCUGCCGGGAGACACGCCCUUUUUGGCCACCUACCUGGGUGGCAGCGAACAUCUUGGAGCGGAGGAGUACGAGGUGAAGUAUUUGGGCCAACGCGUGAUCGUCCCAGCUGCCGAUCUCAAGCAGGAAGGCCUGGCCAAAGUUGUGUUGGACCCAGGCCUGCAGAAGUGGAUGCAGAGCACGGGCGAUGCCAUCGAGGUGUCCAUGCCGGGACGCAGGGAUCCGAGCCGCCGCCAGCAGGACACCACCUUCUGGUUCCCCACCUCCAAGAAGGAGGACUGAGAGUCCAGUGUGAUCGGCAUAAGUGCAGAGUUCCCGAAGUUGCCAUGGAAAAGAGGAACUCUCGCAGUUGCGCGCGCAGUUCGCCAGGGUUCUGCAGCUGGUUCCUUUCGAAGAAAGGCAAAGCGCGGUAAGAGGAGGGUUUGGAGCAUGUCAGAUGAGCCACUUGCUCAAAACCUGGGUUGAUGAAGG